AUGUCUUUCUCUUCGCGAACUUUUUUGGGGGGGUUUUUGGCGUCUGCAUUAGCAACACCGGGUGUGGUUCACGUGAGAUUCAUGAAAGGCUGUGUAAAGAACGACACUAAUAUCUUGGUUUGUAGGAGCAUUCGCCUUCGUCUGUACGUUCGCUUGCAGCUUACAAUGUCACGCGCAAUUCUUCUUUCGAGGUCUAUAGCCACGAGUUCACAUCGAUUCUCGGAAACAGUCCCUCACUAAAUUCCAUUCUCACAUCCGCAAACGCUUCAUUCACCCAAUUCCACGAAGCUGGUAUUCUUUUUCAAGAAAAGCCAAACCCAGUUCUCUUCAUCACCAGCAACCAAUACGACGUCGAAGGAUCCCCUACGACAAAUAACAAAGCGGUAGCGAUUUCAAAAGUGUCAUAUGAUGGCAACGCGUGGAAUGCUGAAAUAGUCAAAUCGACGGGGUAUCCUGUAUCCCUUGCAAAUGGUGGCUGCAAAUAUAAAGAGGGCAUCGUUCUCCUGGACCAAGGAACACUUACCACUCACGGCGGUUUAGUGUAUAUGAAUGGAACAGCUCCAUAUGGCACAUCUCUCUUAAUCGACAACUUUUACGGGCAUCCUUUCAACUCUCCAAACGAUGUCGUUGCAGCAAGCGACGGUGCACUUUGGUUCACUGACCCAUCAUAUGGCUCUUGGCAAGGGAUUCGAGGAGAUCCCAGGCUCCCUCCACAGGUGUACCGAUUUAUGCCAGGGACCAACAAUAUCCGAGUUGUGGCUGACGGGCUUGAUCAACCUAAUGGAAUUGCUUUCUCUCCAGACGAGAAAACAGUCUAUAUUACCGAUGCAACUGGGAACUCGACAGCUUUGACUUCUCCAAGAACAAUUUACGCUUACGACGUAGUCAAAAAGGCUGGGCAACCAUCUCUUAUCAACAAGAGAGUGUUCGCGAUGGCGGAGAAGGGACUACCUGAUGGAAUCAAGACCGAUGCAGAGGGCAACGUAUAUGUGGGCUGUGGAGAUGGGGUUAGCGUGUGGAAUGCCGGAGGGAUGAUGUUGGGAAAGAUUAAGGUUGAGGGUGGAAGCGCAAACCUGGUCCUGGGCGAAGGAAAGGUAUGGUUAUUAAAUGAGCUCCAACUUUGGGAAGCUAGUGUUGCCACACCUGCCCCAAAGAUAAACGAUGUAAAGAAAGAUGACUAA